UGCGUUCUUGGCUUGUAUGGUAGUAACUUAAUUCUUAAUCUGUAGCCGGAAAAAAAAAAAAGGAACGCCGGCGAGCUUUGUGAAAUAGGAAGUAUUAUAAAACUUAUCAACUGUAUAAAUUGUCGUUGGAGCGGAACCACAUCGGGAUUGGUGAUCACAAGAUCUGAGGAAGAGUGAAAACAACAAAAGACCCACUGCAGAACUACCGUCGCAACAACAACAAUUACGACCCAUCAUCGACUUCUCUUUACUCAAUCUUGAAGCAAAGACAUUCCCUUCUUUUUCUAUAUCACUGGGGAGUGUUGGAUCUUUGCCCCACUAGCCAACUAGGGUUUGUUCUUUUGUUUUGUUUCUCUCUAAUUUUAUCCUGGAUGUGCUAGGCUCUAGUUUCUGCAUCUGAUUACGCUUGUGUAUUCGUGGUUUUAACAGGGAUCUCGAAUGGAGGAUUCGGAGGGAAUCAAGCCUGGCCUGGUUUCCUUUUUGUUGGGCGUGAUUCCAGUUUUUGUUGCCUGGGUAUAUUCAGAGUUUCUAGAGUAUCAGAAGGCUCGACUUCUUUCUAAAGUUCAUUCAGACAUUAAUCUUGUUGAAUUGGGUGAGGAGAAAGGAGAUAAAGUUAAAGAUGAUGAGGCUGCUUUGCUGGAAGGAGGCCUUGCAAGAUCAGCCUCGGCAAAGUUGCAUAGUUCAUCAAUUAAAACAAACUUAAUCAGGUUUUUGACAUUAGAUGAGUCCUUCUUGCUGGAAAAUCGGGCUACAUUGAGAGCAAUAUCUGAAUUUGGGGCAAUUCUUGUGUACUUCUACGUAUGUGACCGCACAAAUAUAUUGGGAGAUUCUAAGAAGAAUUACAAUCGGGAUCUCUUCCUCUUUCUUUACAUCCUUCUCAUCAUUGUUUCUGCAAUGACGUCUUUGAAGAAACACAAUGAUAAAUCAGCAUUUUCUGGAAAGGCGAUACUUUACCUAAAUCGACAUCAAACAGAGGAAUGGAAAGGGUGGAUGCAGGUUCUAUUUUUAAUGUACCAUUAUUUUGCUGCGACGGAAAUUUAUAAUGCCAUACGGGUAUUUAUUGCUGCUUAUGUGUGGAUGACUGGAUUUGGAAACUUCUCCUACUAUUAUAUUCGAAAGGAUUUUAGCUUGGCACGCUUUGCUCAGAUGAUGUGGCGACUAAAUUUCUUUGUCGCUUUUUGCUGUAUUAUUCUUUCCAAUGACUACAUGCUGUACUACAUCUGUCCGAUGCAUACACUUUUUACUCUCAUGGUGUAUGGAGCUCUUGGAAUUUUUAACAAGUACAAUGAGAUAAGAUCAGUGAUGAUUGCAAAGAUCCUUGCUUGCUUCCUUGUGGUUAUUGCAGUCUGGGAAAUUCCUGGAGUUUUUGACAUCAUCUGGAGUCCAUUUACAUUCCUUUUAGGGUAUACUGAUCCUGCAAAAGUUGAUCUUCCCAAACUGCACGAGUGGCAUUUUAGAUCUGGUCUAGAUCGCUAUAUAUGGAUCAUCGGCAUGAUAUAUGCAUACUAUCACCCCAAUGUUGAAAAAUGGAUGGAGAAAUUGGAGGAAGCUGAAGCAAGGAAGAGAAUUUCGGUCAAGACAAGCAUUGUUACUGUUUCUGUUAUAGCUGGUUAUAUGUGGUACGAGUACAUUUACAAGCUGGACAAAGUGACUUACAAUAAAUAUCAUCCCUACACAUCGUGGAUUCCUAUAACUGUUUACAUUUGCUUACGAAACUUUACUCAGCAAUUGCGAAGCUACUCUUUGACCCUCUUUGCGUGGCUUGGCAAGAUAACGUUGGAGACCUAUAUUUCACAGUUCCAUAUAUGGUUGAGAUCGAAUGUGUCUAAUGGACAGCCAAAGUGGCUUCUCUCAAUCAUCCCAGAAUACCCGAUGCUCAACUUCAUGCUUACAACUGCCAUCUAUGUCAUAGUGUCCCUCCGGAUUUUUGAAUUAACCAAUACACUGAAAUCAACCUUUGUACCUACAAAAGAUAAUAGACGGUUGCUGCAUAAUCUCCUUGCUGGAGCUGCAAUUUCUGUAUGUUUAUAUUGCAUCUCGCUGGUCAUUCUUCUCAUCCCUCAUUAAAUGGUAAGUCCAUUUUCUACAAUGAGACGAAUCCAGAAGGCUUGUAAUUUUGAUUAUCACAUCAUCAAUAUUUAGAGUAUAAAGAUUGCAAUAAUUUUGAUUACCACAUCAUCGUAUGUCUCA